GACGUGGCCGAGUGCAUAUGGGAGCUCGAUGGCCACGAUGUGCAGUUGGAGCUCCAGCAGGCCCCAUUGCAGCCAGCAGUGCUGCUGGUGGUGGACGGGCCGCUGAAGCAGCCGCUGUCCGACUACCUGUCCCGCACGGAGGCGAACGCCUUCUACGACUCGCGAGGCAUCGCCCGCACCAGCGCGCUGCACCACGUGCCCAAGGAGCCGCAGGAUGACAUUCGGCGACGAGAACGCGAGCGCCUCUCGCCUGGAGGCCAUGCGGAUCGCCAAGACGCAGGAGGGGCGGCGAUCCGCGAGAAGGCCGCCGACUACACGAGGGGGGGGCAGCUGGUUCCAGUGGAGCUGCAGAGGGCCUACAGGCCGACCGGCAACGGUGAAGACGGCGACGACGCUCAACGUGAGCUGCCGCCUGAUCUCCGACGGCAUGGCCAGCGCCCCCUCGCCACCUGCGGCCCCGGGCCCGGGCGCGCCGCAGCCGUGGGGCGGCAGGACGGCGUGCGCUUGGCGCCUGGCCCGCCGGCGGCCAAGCAGGUCCGCCUUGUCGGCGUGACGACGCCGGCGCCCGCCGCGACGGCGCGGGUGGCCGUGGCGUGCACGGCUUGCAAGCCGCGCGCGCCGCGGGGCCCCCGCCGGGCCGCCAUGGCGCGGGCCGCGGCGGCGGCCGAGGGAGGCCGCCAGCGCGGCGGGCUGCGGCCGCCGCGCCGCUGGCUGGCGGCCGCGGUGGCGGCGGGGUGCUGGCGCCCGGGCGGCUGCAAGCCGAUGGCGCUGCAGGCGCACGUCAAGAGGGACCUGGUGGCGAGCCUGGCGAGCUCCCUCGACGCGGCCGCGACGCACCUGCUGUGGUUCAUGGGCAUGGAGGAGGCUGACAGCGGCGGCAGGAAGUUCCCAGACCUCUUCCGGAGGUACGAAUUGAACCUGACGGACGGAUCCUGGGUGGAGGAUUGCGCCGUGGACGCCACCAAUACCACAGAGUCCAUGGAGUAUUGCGUCUACCGCAAGCUGGAGGGUAUUCGCGCCCUCUGCUCGGCCACCCGCGCGCUGCCGAAGGAGCACCACGGGGCCCUCCAGGCCGCGCUCAAGGCGCUGGGGCGGCAGCAGGAGAACAUCCCGGGCCUCAGCCUGCGGCGGGACCCGAUGCCGGACCCCACAGGAGAAGGCAAGCGAGGCGAUGCCGAGGCUUUCGUCUUCACGGACGCGGCGGGGACGGGCCGCAAGGUCCUCAGCCCGACCGUCCACGCCACCGCCAUGGCUACCGUGGCGCGGUGCGAGUUGGCGCUGGGUUCCCAGGUGGCGACGCCGUGGGAGGAGGAGGAGGAGGAGGUGGAGGUGCUGCCCCAGAAGACGCUCACGCACCACAUGCUUGGGAUUGUGUGGGAAACGCUGAGCUUUGCCGCGGCGCAGUUGCCGACCGAUCGCCACAAGGAGAUCAGGGCGGCCGAGAAGGUGGUGAGCACAGUCGAGAAGACCGUGCGCAAGCAGUUCCAGCGAAAGAAGGACAGGCUUUGGGCCUACUCUGCGGCGUCGGCCACGGCCUUCCGCCUGAACACUUCGAAGGUCACUGGGAAGAUCGAGUCUUUGCAGAAGCUGGCGAGGGCCCACGCCGACCGGUUCCGGGACCAGGUGCUGCCGAGCAUCAACGCCAGCGAGAUGUGCACCUGUGGCCCCGUGACGGGCCUGGCGCCCCUGGCGACGCUGCUGCAGGAUCCCCGCCUUGCGAUGCUGGUGAUCGAGCUGGUGACCAAGGACCCCACCGACAUCCGGCUCUUCCAGGUGCCGCAGGACUUUGCCGCGCAGGAGGGCGCCCAGCUCGGCUCCCUGGCCCGCGCCCCGGAGCCCCGGCGCCUGCGAGGCGCGUUCGGGCGCCACCCCAGGCAGUUGCACAUGGAGGGCCGGCCCAUGAGCAUGCGAGUGGACGACACGGCGACUUGCUUGGCGGCCGUCGCCGCGGCGCUGAGCAUGGUGGAGGGCAUGCCCGGCGUCGAGGACGCGGACCUGCCGCAGGAGAGCUGUCCGCCUCCGCCGCGGCGGGCACCGCGCGGCCCGAGAGCGUCGUGCCCAGCGUCGGGGGCGCCGCGGGCGAGCUCUGAGUGGCCUCGGGCGUGCGCGGUGCGGCGGCCUCGGCCUCGGCGCCCUGCCGGGCGCAGGCCGCGCCUCGCCGAGGGCGCCCGUCGGCGCGAGCGGUGUGGCGAGCUCUGA